GAAUUUGAAACGUCAAACCAUCGCAAAAUUUCUAGUGUUUCACUCCGCAAUUUCUUCAUUACGUCAUCAAUAUUGUUAGAGAUUAUAAGGAAACGAAAUAUACGAAUAUUCUCAUAUAAUGAAGUGGUUUGCGGGAAGUAUUAAUGAGGCGGUUGCGACGUCAAAAUCAAGGAAGGCAGUUUUCGUUGUAUUCGUAGAAGGUAAAGAUGACACAUCGGUGCAACUUGCUCAAGCAAUUGAUGCUACGGAAGUCUCCUCUCGUCUGGAGAGAGAACAUUUUAUUGCUAUAAGAUUAGAAAGUGGAUCCGAAGCAUAUAGAUUCUUUGCGCAAAUUUACCAAUUGGUACCAGUACCAUCCUUAUUUUUCAUUGGAGAAAAUGGUACACCACUGGAAAUUAUUGCUGGUAGCGCAACUGCAGCUGAAUUAGCAUCCAAAAUUGAUAAUGUACUUACUAAGGCAGGGAAGAAGAGUAAUAAACAAUCUUCGUUAAACUUGAUUGAUGCAGAACAAAAAGCUACAGCUGCCAGUAGCAGUAGUAAUAACAAUGCUGUUGAGACUACAUCUAAUAUAAAUGAUAAUAAUUCUAAUCCAAAUACAGAUUUAACUUCUGACAUAACAGAGUCUGUUACAUCAGAUAUUUCAAAUAACGAAAACUAUGUCACGGAAGACACAGCAAAAUCUGCAACUUCGUUAGAUACAGGGAAUCAAGAUAAUAAUGAAGCAUCAGCAAAAGUUGAAGAUGAACAAGAAAAUCAAAAUAAGGAUUUGACAGCUGAGGAAAAGCUUGAAAGAGCACGACAGUUAAUUGACCUCCAACGAAAACAACGACAAGAUGAGGAACAGAAAAAGGAACGGGAACGUGAAAUUGAACGACGCAAGAUGGGACGCGAUGUGCAAAAAAUACGGCAAAUGCAGCAAGAGUUAGAAAUAAAACAAGCUCACGAAGAAAGGAUGCGAGAAAAGGCUGCAGAAACUGCAGCUCGUGAAAAAGUCAGGCAACAAAUCGCUCAAGAUAAACUAGAACGAAAACAGAAAGAGCUUGCUCUGCAGCAACAAAUGCAACAACCACAGAAUCAAGAACAACCCAAAUAUAAUCCAGCACCUAAUAAUAAUGUCAUUGUGACUAGAAUUCAAUUUAGAUUACCGUCCGGCAAUUCUCAUACAGGACGAUUUGAACAAUUCAAUACUUUGCGCACCUUACGCACCUACGUUACUGAAAAUAUCAAUCUACCCUUCCGACAGUUCGCCAUGUCAACAUCAUUUCCUAGAAGAGAAUUGACUAAUGAGGAUAAUGACAAAACUCUGUUGGAACUAGAAUUGGUCCCGACAGCUGUUAUUUUAAUUCUUCCUUUGAAAAAUGUAAAUAGAUCUAAUGUCACGGCAGUGGUAUCUUCAGCACAAGACGUUGGAUUCUUCUCACGCUUCAUAUGGUCCUUCUUCACACCCGUUAUUCGUAUUUACAAUUAUAUAGUAGGUUACUUUUCCGGCACUAACGGAGACGCAAAUCAAAGCGGUGAUUCCAACAAUGAUUCCGUAGAAACGGCAAACAACUCCGACAGAGCUAUUUCACCAAAUCGGCGAAAUGUAGUUCAACCUUCGGGUUUAUUUAGAAGAUACUUGGGUAAUCAAGGAGGGACAACAAUCAGAGCGCAAGGGAAUAUACACAGACUACAUUCAGGUGGGGAUGAUAAUGAUGAGAAUAAUACUUGGAACGGUAACUCUACGCAGCAAAUGUAAAGGAACACAAAUCUCGCUCACAGCAAGGAAUAGUGUUGCAAGCAAUCGCUAUUCACACAUACACACACACACACACACACAAAAUCAAUUACUAUUCCUUAUAUAAAUCGUUAUGUUGUAAUUAAUAUUCAACACUUCUCACUCUUUGUUGUAUAACACGUUAAAACUUAUCUGCAACAUAUUCUUCUUUAAUGCACGAGCAUUAAAUUUUAACGAGCGAGUUCUAUCAUGAUGGUAACAUAUUUGUUGGUAGCAUUGCAGGAAUGAAUAUUUAUUAACUAAUACAAUAUUUUACAAUUAGCAAUAAUGUGAACAUUAUCUGGAUUCUUAUCGUAAUAUAUAACAUUUAUUAUAAUGCUAAAGUGUAGCAUCAAUGUGCGCAUUAUAAUAAAUGAUAACGUAUAUUUCAAGAAAAAAGUCGUGGGAGUAUUAAGCCACAAGUGAUAUAUGGACCAAAUGUGAAAGGUUCGUAAAAACUAACGUGCAAAUCACAAAAGUUUCACGAAU